AUGUAUUUAGAGGGACUCACUGAUGACGUUACUUCUGUUAUGAAUGAAUCAUUAACAAUCAUUUUAUCAACAGAAAUUUCGAAUUCAACAUAUCAACAUUCAUCUUUAUCUCCAAUACUAACAGCUUUAUCAACGAAAUAUACAUCUUUGUCUGAAAUAAACAAUAAUAUGAGCUUAAUUUCUUCUGAAAAUCAAUCCAGUUCAUUUUCAUUAUCAUCAACAUCUGCUACAAGUCAAAAACCACCGAUGACCGUAGCACCUUAUGCACUAGUUAGUUAUCUUGUUGAUCAAUUCAAUCAUUAUCGUAAUAUUGAUAUACUUUCUCGUAUAAAACAAUGUAAUUCAAAUAUGAACCUUGAUGAUAUGUGUGAAACAUAUUCAUUUGAUAAUCAUACGUAUUCAUUAGUACGUGAAUCCAAUAUUGGAUUUCAAUCAUUACAACAUAUUUAUAAUGCUCUUAUCGAUCGAAUAAUUGUACAAAAAUUAAAUACACUUUGUUCAACUGCUGAAUGGUGUUUGGGAAAUUUAACAAAAUAUAAUAUUCGUUUUACUGUUGAUGUUUUUCGACAACUUGGACAUUCAUUUUGUUCACUUGAAAGCUGUUAUCCUCGACUUCAGGCACACACAAAGGCGUGUCCAUCAAUUUCGGCUGCGAACAUAAGUAAACCAACAUUAGCAUUACUGCCAAUGCUAUGUACUCUUUAUAAGGAACAACAAAUUUGGAAUUCAACUGAAUGUACUGAUCAAGUAGUGUAUCUUCUUCAUAUUCUUUAUGCAUUUUGGCCACAACUUGAAACAUGUUAUCAUGUGAUUUCUGCUGGUUCUGGUGGUUGCACAUAUGACUGUCUAACAUUCGAUUCUAUUUUACAUGAAGUUGAAAAUCAAUGUCAUGAAAAAGCUUCAUUUUUAACAUCAGUUUCUACUUUGGCUUGGUAUCGGUUAAUUAAUUUACAACAAAUAUGUCGUCAUGAAACAAUUGCAACAAAACCUCCAUUUAUAUCUUCGAUAAAAAGCUUUAUAUCUUCUAAUAUGAUCUGGUAUCGAUUUCAUCAACGACCUGUUCAUGCAGCUUUAUUUAUUAUUAUUGUCAUCUGUAUUGUGAUUAGUUUUUCUUUAUGUCUAUAUUUUAUGUCAAACAAUGGUUCUGAUUCAAAUACUCGACAUUUUGAUGAUGAUUAUGAAUAUACACGAUUACAUGAUUCAACAUUUGAACUUGGUGCAAAUACUGAAAUUUCAAAUAGGAAUUCAACAUCAAGUGGAAUAGAAAACGAAUCACAAUUUGGUCUCAAUAGUAAUCAUCUUUCAUCAGAAGAACAUCAACGAUUGCUGUAA